CUUCAGAAGGAUCGGCACAUGGCGCCUGCUUAAAUUUGUAUCAAAGGAUAAUCCUGUCCCUCUUUCCGAUCUAAUGCCGGUCUAUCGUCCAAGUAAAACAGUGAUUAGUGAGCUGCCGGAAGAGAUAAAGGAAAGGAUUUUGGAGCGAUUGCCCACUCGAGACGCCGCCAGAUGUGCUCUGCUUUCGACUCAAUAGAGGGAUGCUAUAAUAAAUAGCAUUCUAAUGUGCUCUACUUUCGACUCGAGACGUUUCACGAUUGUCCCUCCUUUGAUCCGCGGCUGAAGCAGGCUGAUUUAGACAGUUGGUGUCUUUUUCUGUCAAGAAACGGCGUUGAGGAACUUCACCUCUCUGCUGGUUAUGCAGAAUAUAAUGUACCAUCCUGUCUUCUCUGGUGCAAGACCAUCAAGGAACUGAGACUUGAUCAUUUCCUUUUUUACUUGCCGGAAAAUGCUGCCUGUAUAUUCCCCGGACUGGCUUCAUCAGAAUUCAGAUUCGUUAAGUUUAGGGGUAAUGAUAAGGGACUGGUCUUUAGCAUGCCCAAGCUUGAGAAGCUAACAUUCUUCGUGUGUCUUGGUACUCCUAAUUUUGUCACCAGUUCUCCCAAUCUUAAAAGCUUGUCCAUAUAUGAUUUUCUAGGUUGGACUGAAAGAGCAUUGCUCCCGCCCGCUUCAUUUGAGGUCUAUUAAAACCCUCUCUCUGUUAAUGUGUCCGCAUACGGCUGUUGAGGUGGCCUCAGCUGCCUUCCCAAUUGCGAUAAAUCUGGAAGAAAUCAAACUUGAUGGCUUCAAUUUUGCUUUUGGGAAGCAUAUUCUCUUUGCUGUCCAAUUGCUUAAAAAGUCCCCCAACUUAUUGGUGCUGGAGAUUAAUAUUCAGGAAGGUUUCGAAGCAGUUGAUUCAGAACUUUUGGAGGACACUAUUGAAGAUGAUCUGAGGACGCUUGAGACUCUGAUGCUCAACGGGUUCGGAUCAUCUGAAGUGGAAGUGUGUCUUGUGAAAUUACUACUUGCCAAGUCGCCUGCACUCCACCACGUUGUCAUUCAUGCAGCUCAAAGUAUCAAUGACCUUAGGCAUUUUGAGGCCACAAAGAAGCUUUUGAACUAUCCUCGUGCGUCUUCCAAAGCACAAAUUGUCUAACAUCUAUGAAGCACGGAAACUCUCUGUGGCUCAGGUUUUCUCCGUUUCGGAAAUUCGCAAGCAUUUCAGAAACUUAGAAACUUCAGAUUCCCGUUACGGAGUCAUUUCUGUAAUUAAGAAGAAUUGGAAAACCCGUUUCCCUACGUUUCGUAAACGUUGGGGUUUCAAUUUUCCUUUAUUUUAAAGAUUUGUGAUGGAAAAUAGUGAAUUUUUGUGGUGCUUCUCCGCAACAACAUUGUUACAUUUCGUAAUGCAAUGUAUUGCUAAAAUUAUACUUCCUUCGUUCUUUAAUUCUUG